GCUUAGAAGAGGCCGGAUGACAUUUCCAGUUCUCCACACCCAAAUCUGUGGAAAAUUCCUUCAGUUUGCUGCAGAACUAAGGCAGGCUGAGGACGUGUGAAUAUUCACCGGACUGAGAAGAAAAAGCUUAAUGUUGGAUUGCAGCUGUAGCUGUGGCCAGAGAUCCAGACUAGCUAACCUUUGAAUGUGGGUUAGGAGGCUACGUUGUGACUUGAAUGCAUUGUGAUGCGUCUAUGACGUCGUGGUCUGAUACAGCGUGAAGACGGAAGAAACAAACCGAUUCACCGUGACAGAUAAGAUCCACAUGUAAGAAGCCAGAGCAUCUAUUGCACCCUUCUUCUCCGUCACCCUGGGGAAGGCAACGAUCCUCCGAUCUCCCCGAUUUCCCCCUUCCUCGUCAUCAUCAUCACCAUCGUCCCCACCAUCACCACCAUUGAAGACCAGUUCGGCGUCCAAUCGCAGCCUGACCUCAGGUAUCAAGUGGAAAAGGUUCAGAUUCUACGGAUCGCCCAUCAUGCACAUCAAGACUACAAAGUGUAACCGCUUCUGCCUGGUCGGCUCAGUGACCAAUCAGGAAGUGUUCAACCGUCCUGACGCCCAGGCUACUUUCGAGGCCUUGUUCCGCUCCUUCGACCCAGAGGUGCAGUUCCAGUACUUCAAGUCUUUCCGGCGGGUGAGGAUCAGUUUCAGUGAUGCUCUGGCUGCAGCCGAGGCCAGGCUCCGCCUCCACAAGACAGACUUCAACGGCAAGGAGAUGAGACUCUACUUUGCCCAGUCGGUCCACAUCGGCAGUCCUCGUCUGGAGCCCCCCAAGCCAGACAAACAGUUCCUGAUCUCGCCCCCCGCCUCCCCUCCAGUCGGCUGGGAACAGUCUCAGGACGCCACACCAGUCAUCAACUACGACCUGCUGUGUGCCAUUUCAAAGCUAGGACCAGGGGACAAGUAUGAGCUACACACUGCCACCCCCACCACCCCCAGCGUUGUCGUCCACGUCUGCGAGGAUGAGCGCGGCGACAGCUCCGCCCCCGACGACAGCGACCAAGACGACAAGCCCCGCCCCCUGCGGCCGAAAAUCAUCCAGACACGACGCCCCGACUUCGCGCCCGGAGUGGAGCAGUGAGAGACGACGUGUGCGAAGGCUGUAACAUUUCAUCCCGCAGUGAUUGGUCCAGAGCGGAAGACUCUCUCAGAGCAAUGAAGAAGGUUUGGAGACUUUGGGAAGACACCCGAGGGUGCCGUCAUGUCCUGUAGACGGAGACAGAAAAGUUAGUGUCUCAUGCUGCAUUCAUGUCCUGUGGGAAAGGCAGGCGAUAGGAACUUUCCUAGUGGAAAACAUUGUUCCGUUUAGCCAUCAGAUGACAUGCACUGCUUCUGAAUUUCAGGAUUGGAGACUGAACUGAAGGAAAUAUUUGUUCUGAAAUAAUAUAUACUCAUGUUUUGAUCAAAGAGCUUAGCUACAAUGGUGGGAGACAUUGCUUGAUUUUUUUUUUUUGUUUGUUGUGAUAUUUAGCAAAAAAGCUGAAAUGUACCAUGACUGAGUUUGUGUGUUUGUGAGAUAAAGCUGGUCAGGUGCAAAUAAAGUCUGUGUCAAAGUGAUUGUGAGGAAAGUGAUCACAAUUUUAAGGUA